AUGGCGUCUUCUGAUCCUGAUGGACAGCGGAAGGUUAGUCUGAUGCCGGAGCUACAUGCACUAUUUGCCCCUCCGACCAUUGAAUCGUUAGGCAAAAAGGGUUUAGCUGGAAUUCCAUCUGUACGGCGAGCCAAAAGGCAGGCGGAAACAACAGUCAAUGGAAACUCGGGCAGUGGUGCGCGUGGCUUGUACAAAGACGAUCCUAGUUGGCGUAAGCCGCGAGCAAAUUGUCACGACUAUUGUGACAGUUGUAAUUGCACCGAGGGCGAUCGCCUUGUCUGUGAUCGUUGCCCUGCAAGUUUUCAUUUAGAAUGUCUUGACCCACCGUUGGACGCACACGAGGCUCCUACUGGACUCUGGUACUGCCACCGGUGCACCAUGCUUUCAAAGGAUGAAGAUGACGUUAGCUCUACCUCAAGUUGCCGCAGCACCGGUCUUGCGUCUAGUGAGGGCACCCAAGCCUCUUCAAGCAGACAGGCCUCAAAACGAUCGGAAAAGCAGCAGUCACAAUCAACUGCACAGUCGUCCAAUGGCAUUUCACUGCGCCGUGUCUUAAACACUCGUGCUUCACAUGGUUGGAUUCCAGACCACAUGUCUCUAAAUGACCUUGCUGGGUGGCUUACUACGGGCCGCCGUACGUCAUCUGAUCAAAUAGAUUUGAAGAAAUCCCCCAUUUCAGCUCUGUGGGAUGUUAUUCACUACUCGCGAUUUCUUAAUCCUAAGGAAUUUGAACUUCCUAAGGACCUGGUUCCGGGCAUCAAGAUACCAGGCUCCUACAAGACCUUAGCCGAGCGAAAGGCGAAACCUAUUAUUGAAUUAGAAAACGGACAAAUUCCAAAGCCCGUUCGGCGAUGCUACAAUUGUGCCAGGACGUGUUUCCACGCCGCUCUUCUCCCGUGCGACUACUGUUCAGCUUGUUUCCAUUUGGAGUGUCUAGAUCCCCCACUGUCCCAUUUCCCACCGCGUUCCGACCGAUGGAUGUGCCCGCUGCACGCGGAGCACACAGUUGACAAAUACCUCGUUCGCUCAAUCCGCCUGUCUGAACGCAUUCGUGCGUGGAAUCAAUUGGCAGUGUUUUCACCAAGCCUCCCACUCAACCUCCGAAAUACCGAUCUCUCUGACGGGGCCUCCCAUGAUAUCCAGUACAAACCAGAGGACGAAACCGCGGUGCUCUCUGCCCUCAUGCAGUACAUACAACGCGGACGCCUCGAAGCAGCUGCUGUUGAUGAGGUUUUUGGGACCACCAAAUCCAAUCAUCCCUCCCUUUCAUCCCAGUCGGUCAUGCGAGUUGUGGUUCCCGAUGCAGUGAAAGCCCUCUACAAGAAUCCAGUGCGACGUCUCCCCAGACUGGAAGAGUGCGUGCGCGACCCCAACCCUCCCCCGCAAAACGGCAUCGAGCGCGCUGCCGCCGAGCCGCACCAAGCCCCAAAGGACGACCAGAGCCUAUUUGUUCGAGGCCUUCUGCAAUUUUACUUUUUCCCUCCUUCGACGACCACUGGUGAGACUGCAGCUGGUAAUGUUGCAGUGGAGACUUCGUCUUCCGAUAGGGCCUCAUCUGAUGAAGACUCACUCCCGAUUAUGCCGAAUAGCUCACCUCCGGUGGAAAAGGUAUCUGCCCUUGUCUCCAAGAUUAAGGAGGUCCUCAGCGAAGUAGACAGCUUCUUCCCUAACAGCGAUGCUCAGGAGGUGUGGGAGUGGCUUCGCAUGUACACCGUCACAUCAGUUCGAUCGCAUCUGAGCUUCAUCUUUGGCCCCACACCGGCGAUGUUGCGUGCAUCAUCACCGGUGUGGAUUCUUUUGGUGCUCUACUCAGUCGACCUGCCAAAGGAGUUGGCGGAAUGCGACUACCGUCUACUCUCGGCCCUCGUUCGCCACCACGUCGACUUGAGCCGGACGAACGGGUUCGGAGGCAGGUCCCCGAGCCCGCCUCCGCCGCAGCACCGCCUGCCCAGCCGCGCGGUCCUCAUCCCCUGCGCCGGCACCGAGGGCCCCGUCGUCCCCAUGCCCUACCGCCAGCUCGUCGUCGGCACAGGUGACUGUCGCGCGCGCCCGCGCACACACGCUUUCAUAUCCCCUCCAACUAGCAGUCCACUUGUAGUGAUGGUCCGCAACUUGCUGCCACUGAAGGCACUCAGAGCGUCUGAGCAGACUGGCAAGAGCGAGGGCGACGCGGGCUCGCCCAUUCAUUGGACCGCUGAACCCGGGUGUGUGUGGAGUUUCGGAGAUCGUGUGCGGUGCCCCAACAUCUCUCCUCUACACGCCUCCAUAUUCUACGAUGAGUCGAGCCGUCACUUCGAGUUGCUCAACUAUAGCGAAUUCGGAAGUCGCGUUGACUCAAUCCCCUACAGAAACGACGUUGCUGAGAAACCGGCAUACCAACUUGAACUUUCCGAACUGGUUCAUCGUGUUCGUGGCCUCAUUGGCAGUCCUGGUCUGGAUGAAAAACCUGGUUGUAGUCAACCGAAACGGCCUCGAAUGGCUGCAAGGAACCGUCAUGUCUCCCUCCACCCUUUAUCGCCAUCAUCGUCGUCGUCGUCAUCGGGCGCCGACUGCCCGUGCACCAGUCAGGACGACGUGUCCGACGCCGGCUGGGAGGGCGCCGCGGUUCUGCACCACGGGUCGCUGCUCCAGUUCGGCUGCUACUCCUUCACCUUCAGCCUCGUCGACGCCGCCAACUCACCCCUGGACGAGACCCAGGAGAGUCGGUGA